AUGAAUAAUGAUAUAAAGAAAUUAUACUGCCGAUUUGUUACAGGAAUGACUGUAGAAUUGGAUAUAAAACCAGAAACAAAAACUGUAUAAUAAUUAAAGAAUCAACUUGCUGAAAUUAUUAAUUUAACUGCGGAUAGACUAUAUAUUGGAUUUGAAACAACACUUUUGGAGGAUAAUGAAUAUCUUGGGAACAAAGGAAUAACAGAUUGUGACACUGUUCAUGUGAUUACCUCUUAAUUGACUGAAAAAAUAUGUUAUAGAAAUAAAAAAUGA